AUGUACCCUGACAACAAUGUGAGGCGUAUUUGGACCGCUCUUGUUGUAUUCCUGCUGGGCUACAUCGGCACUGUGUUCCUCUACAGGUUAAUUUUCAUCCGCUUCUAUGCCGCAGCAAGCGAGGAAGUGCAGGAAACAGACGUCUGGAUCGCCUUCGAUGGCAUGGUGGAUGUCAUGUUCAUAGUCGACCUGUGGAUUCAGUUCCUUUUCACUUACACCAACGAGAGAGGAAAAGAGGUAGGUUCGCCGAGGAAGAUUGCUUGCAGAUAUCUCACCGGUUGGUUUUGGGUGAAUAUGAUCUCCUGCAUUCCAGAGGAUGCCAGCGGCCCACAGGAUAGCAUCGCAAUUGGAGCUGUGAAAGUGACGACAUGCUGGAGGGCGAAUGAAGUGAGCCUUGCCCGAGACAGCUUCAACUCCAUCGUGGGUCGUCAAAAGAUCGACGUCACAGAGGUCAUGAUGAGACACAGCAACAUGGGAAGGCAAGCGGAGAUGGGACCAAGUUGGUGUCCGUCUGGCCUGGUCUCGCGGCAGCUCGCGGAAGUUUUGGCGAAACGCCAGGGUACGAGUGACAAGCUGCCGCUGCGCUUGCAGGAAGCACGGAACACCCGAAAUGCCAAGAGUUCAGAGCCAGCUCCCGAAGCCUUCCUGGAACCAUCGCCAUCGCCGGCUGACCCAGUGCAAACCCCCAAAGCAGUCAAACCAAUGCUGCCGCAAGUGGCUCCUCUCCAUUUAGACUCAACUGAGUUGCCUUGGGCAUCACCAGUGAAGAGCACCGAGACAUCGGGGACGCCUGUGAGCCCACCUGUCAGUGAGAAGGUCCCGGAAGAGUUGCCUCAGCCAUUCUCCGCCCGAGCGAGGCCCACACCUAAGGCGCCGCCAGAGAGCCAAGCGGCCCAAGCCUCUCGGCCCAUGUCCGCCAAGUGCAGGGUCAACGCAGCCAGUGCCAGUGCCAACUCCCGAAACUCCAGAACAACUUUCUGCUGGCGGCCAAACGAACACAGCUUGCAACGCAACAGCUUCAACUCGAUGGUCGGGAAGUCAAGACUUGAUGUGACGGAGGUCAUGAUCCGUGAUGCAAGCAUGGGGCGACAGGCGGAAAUGGGGCCAUCCUGGUGUCCCGGUGGCCUUUCCUCCAGGAAGAUGGCAGCCGCCAGUGCCUUCUACGCUUUUUUCGCUGGGGAGGAGAGCAUCGAGGCGAACAACAGUCAGAAGACCGUUCGGCUUAUGCGCAUGCAGCGCAUGACCAAGAUCGUCCGCAUGCUGCGGCUCGCGAAGCUCACGCAGCUGACAGAGCGGCUUAAUCUUGACACCUAUAUCCAGCGGUAUAAGGUUGUCGCGGUGUUGAAUACCUUGUUUGGGCUGAUCUGGGUGGUGCACGUCAUGGCCUGUGGCUGGUAUCUUUGCGCCACCUUGCACGAGGAUGUGCUGGAGACCUGGUUAGCUCGCCGGCUGGUGGGCAUCAACGAGGAGAUGCUGCUGCAAGGGGAUCCCUUCGACCAGUGGGCGCACGCUAUGUAUUUCAUUUUCUCAGUCUUCACGACCGUCGGCUUCGGUGAUAUCUCGGCAUUCACCACCGGCGAGAUUAUGUAUGUGACCUUGACCAUGAUGGUCGGAGCUGUCGUCCACAGCAUCAUCAUUGGCCAGGUGAUCAACGAGGUGACCAGCGACAGUACGGUGAACGCAUUCCUGAAGAACAAGUUGAAGCUGGCGAAAGAGUUUGCGGUUCAUGCACAGCUGGAUUCCUCGGGCUCCAAAGCGUUGUCCUUCUGGUUGGAGCAAAACAUCCGCGAUUUGAUGGGGCAGCAGUACAAGAUGGAUGAGAUGCUGCAGCUGAUUGCCAAUGAUAUGCCCUUGCACCUGAUGAAAGAUCUACACUCCCGGCUCUUCAAUGGUCAGCUUACACGCAGCAGGUUUCUUCGCGUCCCCUUCGUCUCUUCAAUGCCACCGCGGCUGCCCAUGCUGCUGUCGCUCGCGUUGGUGUCCAAACAGUAUGAGGGAAACCAGCUCCUCUUCCAAGCAGGAGAUGCAGCCUCCCACCUUUACCUCGUCUUGAGCGGCACUUUUGCUUUUGUCGCACGGCCCGAGCGUCACAGCAAGAGCCCCAAAGCAAACGAUAUGUGGCCUUACCAGUUGUUCUCGCACGCGAGUUACUUUGGAAAUUAUGAGCUGCACACCGGUACGAAGCAGUUUCGGCGAAGCACUGCGCGCUGCGAAACGCCUCAAGGAGGGCAAGUCUUGCGCUUGCAGAAGGACCACUACCAACGCCUGUGCGGUGACUUCCCUCAGUAUGCGGCAGCUUGGAAGUAUGAGGCUAAUCGACGCGAGUCUCAUCGCUGUUGGCUGCAUGCAAACCACACCCGUAUGCUCACAUACCGUCUUCUGGCAGUUCGCCGGAUGCAGAAGCUGUGUCGCUUCUAUCUUCGGAAAGCUGACAAGACCAACAAGGACGAGGCAGUGAAGGCAGACAGCUCGGGUCUCCUGGUGCCUGGCCGGAACUCUUUGAGAUCAAGCUGCUCUUCAACCGCCAUCAGCGAAGGAAUGGGUUCUGUGUCUAUGUGUUCCGUUCUCCACGAGAACUCAGACAGCAGCGCAGGCCGAAAGCCGCUCCUACCGCCUUCAACACAUUUGCUCAGUGCCGGGCCAGAGGACGAGGAUGCUCGUCAGAGGCGGCUUAUAGCAGAUGUGGCGAUGCUGCGGAGCGAAGUGGAAAUUCAGGGCGAGACUUUGACUGCUUUACGCCGGGAGAUGGCGAGGUUGCCGUUCCUUGUGGCGGCGGCCCUGAAGGGCGAAGCGUCCUUGCCCAGCGCGGAGGCCGAUACGCUAGGCACAGCCAGCACCAGACGGAGAUUGUGA